UGUGUAGUUCGAGCACCUGCUUAAGUAGAUAAGGUCAAGGCGUAGCAAGCCAAAUAUAAAUUGUUUUUGUAUUAGAUUAUGAUAUUAAUACAUUUAUGCACAUAUACCUACAUAUCACUAAUAUCACAACUAAACCUAACGACAUGGACGAAUCUCUUCACGAAUCACAGCAUGAGCCAGCGACGGUAACAUUGAAGGGACACAACUGCUACAACUGCGUCUACAGGCACAUCAUGGAUUGCUGGUGUAAGUUUCGGGAGCGUCUGGCAGCCCGUAAUCAGCCCGCAGAGCUUGACGAUGAUCUGGAAACUUUGGAGCAAUAUACGCAACGCUGGCGUUCCGUGCGCAUCAUUUAUUUUACAAUGUUCUUGAUGGCCCUUGGCUUUAGCAUCAUACUCACCGGCAUCUGGCCAUUCCUUAGCGAGCUAGAUCCCAGUGCGGGCAAGGAGUUUAUGGGUUUGAUUGUGGCCGCCAAUCCGUUGGGCCAAAUGAUCUUCAGUCCCAUCUUUGGUCGCUGGGGCAACAAAUUGGGCACUAUACGACUACCUUUACUGCUUUCGCUGGCGCUCUUCUCUGUGGCAAGUGCGCUGUAUUCUUCACUGGAACUCGUGAACAAUGUGAAGUACUGGAUGCUAAUCUCCAGAUUCCUAAUCGGCGUCAGCUCGGCUAACAUUGCUCUCUGCCGGUCUUAUUUGUCAGCGGCUACACGUCUUAACGAGCGUACCCACGCCGUCUCCAUGGUGUCCUUGGCUCAGGUACUGGGCUUUAUCAUAGGUCCUGGCCUACAGGCGCUGGUCACGCCGCUGGGUCGCAAUGGUCAAGUCUGGUUUUGGGGUGCCAUGCACGUGAACAUGUAUACCGCCUCCGGCUGGAUAAAUGUGAUCAUGAGCUUGGGCAACUUUGUAAUGUUUCUGCCGGGCAUCUUUGAGGAGCACAGAAUAGCCGCUCGCGAGAUCAUGGUGAUGCAGGGCGGCACUUCUGAGCGCGAAACCUGGAAGGCAAUAAAACCAAAUUACUAUUCCGCCUGGACACUGAUUGUGGCAUUCUUCGUGCUGGUCUUCAACUUUGUGCUGCUGGAAACUUUGGGGACUUCGCUGACCAUGGAUAUGUUCGCCUGGACGAAUAAUGAGGCGCUCUACAACAUGGGCAUCUUCAUGACCAUUGCGGCGAUUAUAUCACUGGUCACUUUUGUACUAAUUGAACCGCUAUGCAAACUCUUUGCCGAGCGUUUUGUUCUCAUCUGGGGUGGCUUCUCAUUGAUGGUGGUGGGUCGCGUACUUUAUAUACCCUGGGGACCGGAUCCGCCAAAGCUAGCUGUUGCUUACAAUGCCAGCUCGAACCUCUCCAUUGAUGAUCCCAUUUAUUUGGGCUGCCCGGCCACACAGGACUGGUGUCCAGAACUGCCAGCGUUGACAUUGACGCAGUUUAUUAUUGGAUUUGCAUUAACGUCAGUUGGUUAUCCAAUUGGUGUUACUCUUAUACAGACAAUAUUUUCCAAGGUACUUGGUCCGCGGCCGCAAGGUGUGUGGAUGGGCAUUAUGACAUCCGCGGGCUGCUUAUCACGUGUGAUGGGCCCCGUGUUUGUUGGCUCCAUUUACACACGUUUGGGCACUUAUUGGACAUUCGGUUUUACAUCAAUUAUGAUGAUCAUUUCUAUGAUCUGGCUGCUGUGCAGCAAUCGUGUACUUAUUCCACCAGUCGUGGAGAAGCCACCCAUACCUAUGCAGGUGAUACAUCCGAAAGAUAAACUCAACGAUGCUACGCCAAAUAACGACGAAUCGGAUGAAUUGCUGGUGGAGUCCAAGGCGAUACGCAUAGUGCCCUCAUCCCAGGCAUAGCAGCAUCGUGGACUAUAAUAUAUUAUCCCAAUGACUGCCUUUAGUUUACACAUUCACUAUGAAUUUAUAGACAUAA